UUCCUCUACAUCAUACCCAAAUGAACAGACCUCUUAUUCCAGAGAUACUCCCACAGGUACAUCUCUCUCUCCCACAACAAUCUCCACAACAGUAAGAGAGGAGCUCCAGCUGAAGGAGGGAGGAGAAGGAGCAGGAAUGGAACUUUUUCCAGCGCAGCCAGAUUUAUCUCUUCAGAUCAGCCCAUCAAAAACCACACCAGCAUCAGGUUGGAGAAGUCAUGAUGAGAAUAUGGAAUUAGGGUUUUGGAGGAGAUCACUGGACUCCACCAACAAUAGCAACAACAAGAGCAGCACCAUCCCUUGCACAGCGAAGGCCGACGAUAUCACUUUCGAGCUCUCCUUGGGAAGCCCGAGUGCUACAGUCUCCAGCAACACAAGGGAUAGCCUGCUCCUCCGUUCCUUAUACCCUCACCACCAUCACCACCACUUCCACUUCCACCACCACCACCCACUGCCACAGGAAGGGUACCACUCAGAACUUAGCUUGUUGAAGCCCAUAAGGGGGAUCCCAAUCUACCAAAACCCACCUUCUUCCUUUCCUUUAGUCCCCCCACAUCAACCGCAGCACAUGUAUGACUCCUCUUCCACCUCUAGUUUCACUCCCUUUGCCACAACACCAGGCAUGUCGAGAUCGAGAUAUUCGCCCUCGAGAUUCCCAGCCAAAAGGGUCAUGAGAUCACCGAGAAUGCGCUGGACUACAACGCUUCAUGCUCGCUUUGUCCAUGCUGUGGAGUUGUUGGGAGGUCAUGAGAGAGCCACACCCAAGUCUGUUCUGGAGCUCAUGGAUGUAAAAGAUCUCACCUUAGCUCAUGUGAAAUCUCACUUGCAGAUGUAUCGGACUGUGAAGAACACAGACAGACCAACAAUUUCUUCAGGCCAAUCUGAAGGAUGUGAGAACGGGUCGAACGGAGAGAUGUAUGAUGAUAAUUUGUUAGAUAAUACAAACAUUCCACAUAGAUUGGGAUCAUCCAUGCAACAUCAGUGGCCAGCCACACAUCCUGACGCAGAUCAUAUCCGUCCAUGGAGCAAUUCUUUGAGCAAGGAAGGCUGUUCCAGUGAAUCCCCCACAGAAAGUAUGCAAUCGCUUAAGAAGGACCUGCAAACGAAAAGUUUCGAAAUGUAUUUAGAUUUGAACUCAUCAUGCCUGUCGGAGACACUGAACUCAAGCAAACCCAAUCUUGAGUUCACGUUGGGUAGGCCAUACUGACUUUGAGGACAUCAAGAAUCCAUUGCAAAAUAAAGAGUUCAAAAGAAAGGAGAAAAGAAAAAAAAAAAGGUGGAAGAGACAAGGAGACAAUUGAGGCAAGUAACAAGCAAAAGGGAAGAGGGAGUGUAUGCCUAUGUCUAUCUAUGUGAGAUCAGAUUAGAUAUGGAGUUUUAUGGCUCAAGGAUGCAUGAUGGAGUGGCUGAGGACAUCUUUUGCUUUCAUAAAGGGAGAAAGACCACAGUUGCUUCAUUCCUGUGCAUGUGCACGUGCUUCUCUUUGUAUUCUCCCAAGAAAAGUAAAAAAGGGCAUGCAUGCAGCCAUGUAACCGAGCAUCUAACAUAUGAUUGACAGAGUGCUUCAUUGCUUUAUUGUCCCUCACUAAAUUCUUAGGAUGAGAAUGUGUUUUGUUGAUGAUUGCACAUUGCAGAUUUCUUCAAUAUGAAGUUAAUAAUAUGAUGCUUUACUUUCAA